UAUUCUUUGUUUACUACCAAAUGGGACGAUAAAUGAGAAUAAAAGGAUGUCCCAUCUUACCCCACCCUUCUAUAUUUCAAACACAAGUAAAAUUUUGUCUAGAAGCCAGGCUUCUUAAGCGGUGAAGUUUGGGUUUGAUGAAGACAUGGAUUUUAAUCGACCAAUUUCAAUUAUAGGAUGCUAAUAAUCUCUGUUGAUUCAUUUACUUUGCCAGCCCGCUAGGAUCGAUUUUGAAUAAGUUGUAGCCACCUUUUGUGUGGGUGACUCGGUCGAUUCAUUAUUUAUUUAAAAACGGAGGUUGUUGGGUCAGCGUGUGGCGGGAAAUUAGCAUCAGCAGCGUGUAAGUUUUAACUGAAAAUACCGGAAUUUAAAUAACUUAUACUCAGAAUGAAAGCAUUUUUUAUUCUGAAUAGGUUAUAGUUUCUAUACAGCGUAGCAUGGCACUCGGGGUUUAAACCAGAGUUCUUUGUAGCUUAAUUAAUAUAAAUAAAUAUGUUUAUCAUUACAACCACUUUGUUGUGUGGUAAUAGCAAGCAUAUAUAAGGAGAUGGUAAAAUAAGGAGACAUGUUUUUUUUUCUUUUAUUCCAUUUAGUUGUAAACAUUUUUUUACAGAGUUGUGAAACCGUAACACUUAAAGAACGUUGUUAUUUGUAAACACGCGAUCGAAAAAAUAGUUUUUAUUUGCUAACGGUAUCCAUCUUACCCAGGGUACUUUAUAUAGAGGAUGGGAAAGACGGGGCACCUAUAGCAUAUAACGUUCAAAUAUACUGAUCGUAUUUAUAAACAAUUAACAACGAUCUAUGGGAGUCGUGAGAGGAUACAAUUUUAUAAUUCUUUGAGUGUUCUUUGUUUGUUACCAAAUGGGACGAGAGAAUAAAAACGAAAAGGUGUCCCAUCUUCCCCCACCCUAAUGUAUAUCUGUCACGAAUUUUCAUCGAGAGGUUGUUGGAUUAUUUUCUAUCGUUUCCGCUACGUUGUAAUGUUUAUGAUGUGAAAUUAAUUUAAAUUUAAACCAUUAAAUUCCCCAUUAGCGUGGUCCCUCGCAUUGAUUUGCAACGAAACAUUCGAUUUGGUGGUUUUGCUUUUGCAAUAUUUGCGCCUAAUUGACAGUUUUACCGAUUUUAUUGAGGUAUUUGUUAUAAUUGUAUACGAACCCAUGCCAAUUGUUUGCCACACACUCCUGGCGGCGACUGUGGGCCUUUUUAAUUAUCAAUUCCACAAUUAAUUAGUCGGUUCGGUAACUAAAUUGUGUGUCGCACCUUGACCGUAUAAUAAACACCUGUAUAAGAACGAGGGCGCUAAUUAAAACAACAUUCUUGUUUUUUUCGUUUAAGGAAUCGGAGACUAAUCUAUACGGUCGUGUGCUUAGACCGAUAUUUCAUUAGUUGCCGGUCCUGUGGGGAUUGCGUUUAUUAAGUCAACGAUAAAUCAUUUAGCCGAUUUUUUUUUCAAUACCGAAAGUUAAUCAGUAUCUUAUAUUAACAGAGGAGAGACGUUCAACUGUUUUGUUACAUAAUUAAGUGUAUCGACAAUCGACUACCGUGAUAUAACUACUUUAAACAUAAAAGGAAAUUUCUAAUCUAUCCGAGAAAUUAUUCCUCAGCGCAAGGGAUCUCUUCAUUUGUGUUUGAUCAAUUCGCAGCGGCGUGAGGAUCAAUCCUACUUAGGCAAAAUCAUCUUCCCUGUUUGGUUAUUAGAUAAAUGGAGAUGGCUUAUACCCCAACGAGUAGUUUUUCACCGCAAGAAACAGAAUGCGUUAACCAGUUGGAGGACUACCACGUUUGCAUCAUGUCGUCUUGCUUUAACAACUCAACAAACUCGAUUGAUGAGAUUACAAUCACCUGUUAUGACGUAGGCGUGGCCAUACUUCUACUUUUAUUUGGGAUUCUGGCCGCAUCGAUCUGUGUUGGCAACAUUGUUAUUAUUUAUGUACUGACUGCAUCCAAAGCCACGAAGAAACCACAAGGGCUUGUGAAAUGUUCGCUUGCCGUGGCUGACUUUAUACAAGGUGCCGUCGCUGUCCCGAUAUCUGCGUACACAUACGUCUACUUUUACUUUGUGCCAGCGAAGUUAAGCGCAAGUGAACUAAAACUGGCCGGCUUGGGUUUCUUGGAGCUUUAUCGUGCUUAUAUAUUUUGCUUCAUUCUAUCCAACUCACUAAGUCUGAUCAGUUUGAUAAUUCUGAGUCUGGAUCGAUUUCUUGCCAUUUGUUUUCCUUUACGUUAUCACACUGGUGGGAUGAUGACGCCCCGUCGAGUUUGUGUGACAGUACUUGCAGCUUGGGUGAUUUGUUUAGCACUAUCCGUCUUUUUUGAGGAAGUUCUUUUCGGUGCGUUCCGUGACAGCAUGCCACACUGGUACACGGAGAAAUUCACGCGCGCUUUUGCCGGUAUAUUUGGAGCCCUAUACACGGUAACUGUGAUUCUGCUCUUCAUCACUGUCCGUAACAGUAUCAUUACCAUCAGAUCAAUGCAGCAUCUUAACGCUAGCGUGUCGGCGAAUCGCGCUGGAGUCGCUCCAUCAAAUAAGGGUCAGACACUUUCUGUUAACGCAGCGAAAACAGUGGCGCUCAUGGUUGUCACAUUUACCAUAUCAGUUCUACCGUAUUCAAUUUACAAAUUGCUCAAACUUAACGAGAAUUGGUGGACAGAGUUGGUGUUCGAAUACUUGCUCUACACCAACAGUUUGUGGAACAUAUUUAUCUACAGCUUUCGCUGUACCGAGUUCAAAACGUCUUUGUACCGUUUGAGGUUCACCCGGAAAAUAAUGAAUGUUUUUUGUCGGAGUAAGCUGAGAGAUUGGGAUGAACGCACGCAGAAUAAUCAACGCCUACGAAGCUGUGUAACUGAAAUGUCGGUACGGUCGUCAGCAAUGACUGUGAGACGGGAGACACGAGCGGAAACUGGAUUCGGCUCGCCUACACCAUGUCUUAAAGCUUCCCCCAUGGACACACUAUUUGAAGAGAAAGAAGACGAUUUGAGCCAAAAUGAACUGCACGGUUUUAUUCGCCCAGACAGCACAGAAAAUGCUAUGUAAUGUGCAGCACAUUUAAAAAUGAGUUGUUGAUGACUUUUUAAUUGGGAUUGUUCGAAUCAACUAUUUUACGAUUCGAAACUAUAUAAGUAUUUACUACCAGUUCAAUUAACUAACAUACCCGCACUGUUACUUUCUGCCUAUUUUCGAAGAGCUGCAGCCACAAUGCGCUUUAAUUGUCUUUCUGUAAAUACAGUCUUUUAUGAAUGAA